AUGCCUCGGGUAAUAUUGCUCAUGGUUCUAGUUUUUUCAAUAGCAAAAACUGAUUUUUAUUCGGAUUUGGCACUUAUAAAGACCAUCACUGGAUGUAUUGAUGAACAAGUUUUCAAUUAUACCGAAAUAACUUCUGAAAAUGCUCAGUUUUUCCCGAAGAUUGACGAAAUUUGCGCAAUCAUAACAAUCAACGAGAAGACUGAUCUAUCAGAAACUCAGUUGGCAAAACUUUUCAAAAAAUUGAAGAGACUAAAUGGGGGCAUCCGCGUUGAAAACACAAAUUUCACAAGUCUAUCGUUUUUUCCUCAACUCAAUCGGCCGGAGACCUCUAUCAAUUUUUACUGCUAUACAUAUGGAAUAUUUAUAACAAACAAUUCCCAGCUAACAGAUUUGAGCAUUACACUCGAUUUAUUUUUUUGGGGUGAUCGGCUCACUCAAGAAUGCAAAUUUCAGUUUGUGAAUAAUCCGAAACUAGAUCUUGGUGGAAUAUGUACGGAAGGACCGUUGGAUUACAUGUAUCAACUGAAAACAGAAGGGAAUCUGAAGAACUGUGCUUGUGAUGGUAGUAAGAUAACAAACUAUAAUGCAAAAUUUCAAAAAUGGCAAUUUUUAUAUGAGUUGAAGCUUGUAAAUAUUUCCUAUUCAUCGUUGAAUUUAUCUAUACUCUCCAGCAUAAGAAAUGUAAGAGGCGAUGUGGAAAUUGCAGCCACAGACUUUGAGAAUUUAUCGUUUCUGACCGGGUUGGAGACUAUCACCUCAAAACAUUCUUAUUUGAGUAAGAUGACUAUGUUAAACAUUCACGACAAUCCGAAAAUGAAGCGAUUUGGAAUGUACUCGUUAAAAAGACUCGAAGACCUAUUGGGCAAUCCUCGAACUAUAAACAUUGAAAACUUACAUCCGGACUUUUGUCUAACUUUCGGAGAAGUUAUAUACUUCCUGGAAAAUGAUAUAUCCUUCCAAAAUCUCCAUGCAGAGUUUUGUGAAGAGGAUGAUGUUCUACCGAUUCACGGACGGAUAUGCAAGCUGACCACAUUUGAAGCUCUUCCGAACAAUUGUAGACUGAUUCUUGGUGAUUUGAUUCUUCAAGGUGGCGAUGAAAAAUAUUCCGUUAAAUUUACAAAAUUAAGAUUUUUAUUCGGAGCUUUGGUAAUCAACGGAACCAGUUUGGAAAAUCUUGAUUUUUUGAAUAAUCUACAAUAUAUUACCUCACUGGUUGAUGAACGAGUGAUUCAAAUUUUAUCAAACGAUUAUUUGAAGUCUGCAUAUUUCCCAAAUCUGAGAAAUAUAAUUUCUCGAAGAAGCUACCGCGAAGUGAUAGUUCACAAAAAUCCACUGCUAUCUCUUCCUUACUACUAUCCAUUUAAAAUGUAUUAUACUACAAAUGCUGCGUUCAUUGGAGAUUACUAUGGUGAAUUUCCAAUAUACUUUUUUUUGAGAUGUGAAUUAUGGGAAAACAUACUUUUUUCUUCAGAAAACUAG